UUGGUUCUUGCAUGAUUGUUUUAAAAGUGGAAAAUUGCCUAGUAUCUCCGCAGUAACUGUUCAUAAAUUUACGAGAGCAGAUAUAAAAGAGAAUGUCAUUGGACCAGGAUUUUCUCAAAGCCGCGGAGAGCGUGCGAAAUUUAGCAAAACGUCUCCUGGAGGUAGAUGCCCUGGAAUUUUAUGCAUUAUAUAAACAAGCAACAUUUGGAGACAUAAAUAUUGAGCGAUCCAGUGCAAAAGAUCAUCCAGCAAAAGCCAAGUGGGACCAAUGGAACAAAAAAAAAGGAAUGUCCAAAGACGAUGCGAAGAAAGCCUACAUAUCGUUCGUUAAUUCAACACUUCCAAAAUAUAAAUAAACAUAAUGUAAUGCAUGUUAUGUAUGUAAUGUACGUAAAUGUAUUCUCCUUGUCUUUCUUUUGGUGAUCGUGGAAUAAUAAAUUGAUGAAGAGAA